GCAUAUUUUUGUCUUCACCACUGGAGAGCGACGAAAGUGGAAGUGCCCGUGAUUGAAACGGAAUGUAGCAGGCGAUAUUGAAUUAGUAUUUGAAGAAAAAUUGGAUGAACAUAAACAAAUUUGCCAAGUGAAUUAAUCGAGGAGAAAAUGGCAAUGUCUGGCCAAAUGCAAACAGAACUCGGACCUACGGGAUUAUCCCCUUUUAUGCAGACGGAGUAUCAGCAACAGAGUCAGCCCUGGGUAUCAAACCAGAUAAUUGAUCAGGAAAAGUCUGCACCUGAGGGAGUGCCCAAACCUCCUCCCCCUGUGGUUGGCAAGGUAACCCACCAAUCUAUAGAGCUGUACUGGGACGAAGCCCUCGUUCAUGCAUACAGUGUUUGCAAAAAGGCAGAUGGCAAGAUCAAGUCCUUCUUACAGGAAAAGGACCGCGGUGGACAGUGGUGCGGCGCCUACACGGGCUAUGGCAAGAAACACGUUGUCCAAGGAUUGGAGCCCCUCCGACAGUACACCUACAGACUAAGGUUCGCAAACGAUGUGGACAAGGGCGAAUGCAGCCAACACGUUACUGUCACGACAACAAAAGAGCCAAUGUGUGCAGAACAGUUACACAAGGCUGUGCAGCGGGCAUACCAUGAUGUGGCCACAACUAUACUGGAAUCUGGAGAGGUGAAUAUAGACACACCGGAUAAUUUGGGAUUCUCCGCUCUGAUGCAGGCUGCCAGGAAAGGAGAUGCAGAAAUGACAGAACUACUGGUGAAAUUUGGUGCCGAUGUAAAUUUGAAGAAUAGUUCCGGUAAAACAGCGUUGAUGCUAGCCUGCUUUGCCGGUCAGAAGGAAACUGUGAAACUUCUGCGAGAUAAUGGUGCAAGAUACGAUGACUUUGAUAAUGGAGGAUCAACAGCCAUGCACUGGGCAGUGGAUGGGGGCAAUGCAGCACUCAUAGACUGGAUGAUUACAGACGGUGCUGACCCAAACAUCUGUGACAAACACUGCAGCUGGACACCUCUCUUACGAUGUGCCUCAGUGUCGGGUAACUACCAAGUAGCAUCUUGUCUGCUGCGUGAGGGCGCCAGCAUCAACUGCCAGGAUGUUGACGGUAAAACAGCAAUCAUGAUCGCCGUCAUCAACAAGAACGAACAAUUGCUGGAUCUCCUCCUCAGAAGAAAUGCUGACUGUACAGUCACCAAUAAGUGGGGGAAGAAUGUAUAUGACAUGGCUCUGGCAAUUGACAGGAAGUCGAAUAUUGCACGCCUGGAAAAGCAUUUUGAGGAUAAAGGAAUCAAGGGAGUGAAGCGUGUAUGAGGAUCAGUGUCAUGAUGCCAGUGACACCCCAGCAAUAAUUAUAGUCAAUUGGUGAACAGGUUCAGAACAAUCCAUCAGUUAGCCAGCCUCUCUGUCAACCCAUUCACUAAUCCGUCUUAUUUUCCCUGGAAAAAUAUUAUCAGACUUGCUUUGAUGGUGGAACAAUGUAACGAAAAGUUAAUUAAGUUUAAUUCAAUUGUACUUUUCUCAGGAAAUGGUCAGAAUGGUAUUAAAUGUUUGCUGAUGGAGGUUCCAUGGAUGGGCUUAUUACCAGGCAUGGGCUUAUUGCCAGAUAAAUGUGGUAAACUCUCUGUUAUGAUUGAAAGAAAUGAUAAAUUCUAUAGCUGUAUAUGAAAAUUAAUCUAAAUUUAGUUGUUCAAGUAGUACUUCAAGCCUUGUCAUUAUUUGUUAAAUUUAAAUCACUAAAAAAAAAUGAUCUCAGAUUAAAAAAGUCUUAUUACUGAAACUUAUUUCCCCAAGCUUCAUACUCUAUUAUAAUUAUAUAUGUAAAUUGUCAUUUGUUCAUGUUUAUUUGUCACGGCCAAGUUUCGUGCUUCAAUAAGUUGGUGAUGUUUCAGGAGUGAGGCCAAUGCUACCAAGAACUACUUGUGGUAAUUAAUUUGUUACUAGUUUAGUAGGGCUAUAUAGAUGGUCGUAGCAGAUACCACAUUUGGUUGCCCUUGAAAGGGCAUAUUUAUCAGAUCAAAGUACAAAAGUUUAUAUCUAACAUUGAGCCAACUUAUCUGUACAGAUUGUUGUUGCAUUGUUAUCUUUUUUUCUGUGCAUAGUUGUUUAAAAGUAUUUUAGUUUUUUUUUAAUUACAGUUGUAUUUAUAAGAGACCAAGUAUAAUUUUUAAAAAUAUUUAUUUCUUAAUCUGUACAGGACAUUGAGGUGAAAUAUAUUUUAGACAAAUUAAAAAAAGGUACUAGAUUCAGUAAAUAAAUUUCUUUCAAGAUUUGUAGUCUUUCAUAGAUACCUGCGAUUUGUGUUAGAGGUAUCUCCCUUAAGAAUAAAUGCUACCAUACUGUGAUAGUGAUAGUUUGUUAGUUAUUCUAAAUUGAUAGAUAAGGGAGACAAGUUUUAACUCAUUCACCCCUGAAUUUCAAAAUGAGCUAUUCCAACCUUUGAAUUGGAAGAGUUCAAAUGUGUCUUCAGGGGUGAAUAAGUUAAACCAAGUAUAAUAUGUUAGGUAACAUACAUCCUUCUAACAUUGAAACACUUUUAAUUUCCAGACAUAAUAACUGAGGAGAAUUAACAAUGAAUAAACAAUUUGGAUAGCUUGACAGGAUAAAAUAUUGUACAUUUAAAGUGAUUUGAGUCUCACUGCUUUGUGAAAACAGGAAAGUUCAGCAACUGAUGUACGUGUAUGUCUCAAAACCUGAGGGAGAAAAAAAGAAGAAAGAGUUGUAAAUGGUUACAUGCAUUCCAGAUGUCAUAAUUUAGCCCGUGUUUCAUGAACGUUCCAUAGAUUGAGUUUAAACUCAGGAAAAACUAGUAGAUAACAUGUUAUGUGACGCAGAAACCAUCGGUCAUGGCCAGAUCUGAGACUUCAGUGGACAUAAAAAUAAAUGUUAAGUUUUUCCUUUUAGAUGUAUAUAUUAGCAAUGAGAAUGAUUUCCUGUACAAUGUAUAAUAGAAUAUUUUUGUGUCUAAUGUGAAAUGAUAGCUUUAAGUUUUCGGCAUGUUCUUGUUAUUAUGGGACUUGGCACAUAAGCUUUGUCCAUCCAUCCGUCCUAAAUCUGUCCGUCCAUCCCUUAUGUGGUACAUUAAGAACCCCUUUGUUGGUAAGUCCCGUGAUAAUACAGUACUAGAUAGAGGUAAAUUAAAUGUAUUUCGAGAUAGCAAUAAGUCAGUUCUGUAAUUAAAAGCAAAUUAAAAACUGGUAAUUAAUCAUUUUUAACAAUAAAAAUAAAAAUCAAUGAACUUACGUUAUGUACAUUUUGCAGGUUGCUAAUUAUUGAGUAUUGUUUUGAAGGUUUUUUUGUUUUUUUUUAUUACACAUAAUGUUCUUACCAGGAAUGAUAUUUUCCGGUAAUACACCUUGUAAGUGGGUUUUGUUUUCUCACAGCACUUAUACUACACUUUCUAAACAUUUGAUGCUGAAAAUAUUCAGAUUUUUGUGAGAGAUGUUGUCAAGCUUUUUGUGGUGACUGCAAUUUUGAAAUUACGUCAUUUUUAAUUGUAAAAGAAUGUGAGGUCAUAGUUAUUUCUAUUGUGACAUCACAAGCAGACCGCACCCUUGUAAGUAGAACAUAACAGCUUUAAUAUCUUGGAUAUCUAUUUACACACUGGCACUAGGCAGUUUUCUGUAGUACAUGUAAUACUGUGAAAUCUUUCAUUUUCGUGGAUUUUUAAUUUUGUUUUUUUCGAGGGUAAUCUUCAUCCAUGAACCCAUAGGUCCACAAAGUUUGAUUGAUAUAAAGCAAUUCUUCUGUUUGAGUGGGUAAUCUUCAUCCAUGAACCCACAGGUCCACAAAGUUUGAUUGAUAUAAAGAAAUUCUUCUGUUUGAGUGGGUAAUCGUAGUCCACAAAUUCAUGUACCUAUGAAACGGUGUUUUGUUGGAAAACCACAAAAUAUUGGCCUCACAAUAAUAUCUGAUUUCACAGUAUCGUGACACUUGUAACUGCUAACAAUUUUAUUGCUGCUGGUAGUAAUAAAAAUAUACUGUGAUUGGAAACAUAUCCAAUGCUUUGAUCUAAGUCAUACAUGUAUUUAUUGUUAAAACAGGGAGGAAAAUAUCUAACAUUUCUUGUUGAAUAAAAAUUUGUGUGUAGUGUUGCGUGUAAUAAAUAUUUGCUACAUUUGGAAUUUGACUUGAGCCUUCCAACUCCAGCCACUAGUUAUUCUUUUGACACACACAUGCCAAGUCUUUUCUUUCUUUCUUUUUUAGUUUCAGUUAUUCAGAAAAUAAAUAAAAACAAAACUUUCCACUGUAUUCCUGCCCUUUUACUAUCCAGCCACAUUAGCGUGGAGCAAAAUGUCUGGAUAGUCCAGGCUUGGCUGUUUACAUGAGAACUUUCUCUAUCUAGAGAUCUAGCUAUCUAUCUACAUGAGUCGGAUUCUGAGGAAGUUCUACCGCAGUUUUUGUAUGUUAUUGGAUGUUCGGUCCAUUUCAAGUUCUAAGAACAUGUAUCUUUUCAUAGACAAUUAUAAUUAUGUGUAUAGCAAUGCAUUACUCAUUAAUACAGUUUAAAUUGUAUAAUGAAAAAAAUGCUUGAUGUUUGAAGUAAAUUAUUAAAUAUACAGUACAUGAAUUACAUUUGAAUUGUUCAUAAUGUAUUUAUUAAUGUACUUUAUUCGUAGAAAUCUGAAUACCAAAACAUUGUUUUUUAUUCUUUUUUAAAUGUAAUCAAAACAUACUGUGUUAGUUUUAACCAUCAGAAUUGAAAGAAGGGAGAUAACUGCAUUUCGAAACACUAAAUUAGUUUUAAAAAUUUCAAAGGAGACACCAGCAUCUGGCCCUGUAUAAUAUUUAAGAUGUUUGUUUAUUAUAAUACAGAGAUGUUCGUUAAGGUUUUACCCAUCACCUGAGAAGACACCUCACAAUUAUAAUAUUUGGUGCAAAUAUCAGAUUUUUUUUAAAUUUAAAUAUAACAACUUCAUGUAUUUAUAAGUACAUGAACAUGUCAAUUAUUUCAUUUCAAAGUAUCAAAAGUAGGCAUGUAAUGUAUCAAAAGUAGGCAUGUCGCAAGACCAGGCUGUUUUUAUAAUAGAUAUGGUAUUUUGUUGGGUACUACCGAGGUACAAGGGAUUCUGUCCAUGUGUUACCAUACACAGACCUGCAUCGUGUGCAAUAUUGCAAAAUUUCAGUCAGUCAAGAAAAAUAUUUGUCAGUAAAAGUUGUUCAUCGAUAAGUCUUUAUAGCUUAAAAUAACAAUAUAAUUUCUUUUUCAGACAUUCAUUUUUAAAUAUAGCACCAAAAUUUGAUGUGUGAUGUUUAAAUUUAGGGAAUUGAAAGGUUUUGUAUACCGCAAUUAUCAAAAUGUUUGUUUUUUAUGACUUUGAAAGUUUCGUUCAUAUAUAUAAGUCACUUUGAUCCAUAACUGAAAUUUAUGGUUUAUUUUUUCAACAUCUGCAGUAUAUAAUAAUAAACUUGAUAUACUUAAUAUGUCAUGUCCAAAAACAUUUAAUUCAAUUGAUUUUUUAAAAAUAAGUUAAGUGAUAAUUUCUGAAAUUUGUAUUAAAAAAACCAAAUUUCACAUAAACAACUUUUUUUUCAACUCACUCAGCUUUAAUUGUUUUCAAUUUAACCAGUUUUCGUUAUAUAGGGAAUUUGACACAUUUUCAUCAUACCAUCAGACCAUAUAUUUAUUAUGAUAAUCGUUUAUAUUCAUAAUUUUAUUUGAUAUGUCUUUGAAUUUUCUCUCAGUAGUAAAUUAUUGUGACUACAUUUUCACACAAGUCAAUGAAUAGCCAAUGGAUCAGUAAGGUAGAUUUUUAUGAAUAUCUGUAGUUAAAUUUUUCUAUCAUCAAAAUUAAUAUAAUAUUUUGUAUCUAUUUGUGUGAAAUUUUUCUUGAAGUAAGAAUUAAAUCUAAGAAAAACAUCAUUAGAGAAACCAGAAAAAUGGAGAACUAAAUGCUAAUGUAGACAAUUUUUUUUUUUUUUUAAUAAAUAUUUAUAAAAUCAGCAUUUUUGUUCACUUUAAUGAGAACAUCUAUGCUUGCUUAUUAAUAAGUAUUUUUGGAAGAUAAUAUGUAACUCUAACAUUUGACAUAUUUUUUGCAGACUGCGGUAAACCCUCCAUUUAGUAGAUGAUACCAGAACGACAGCAUUUACCUGCUGUAAUCGAGACAGUAAAAGUCACAAGUGAUAGAUGUAGAAACUUGUGUACUAGAAUUCUGUUGAAUAUAUGGACCUAUUUAUGAUGACUUGUUGAAUAUGAUUUGGAUGUGUGCUUCACCAUGUUAGAUGAAUUUGACAGUGUAUUUUCCGUCCAACAUAAGUCAAUAAAUAUAGGAAUAUUCA